GCAGGUUAUGGCUGAGCACUUUGUGAAGUGAAGAGAAAAGGAAGAGGACAACUCGGAUUAUUUGAUAGGAACUAUGCGUUAAUCUGCUUUAAUGUGUGCAGUUCCUUCAAGUGAAUUGUUUUUACGUCCCGGCAGCGAUGAGUAAGUACAUGUUUCUUACUUUUUAAAGAGAUAUUUCUAUAACGCUGCAGGUAAUAUUGUAAACAAAGGCAUGAUGGCUCUUGUCUUGUUAGUCAUUUUAUUACCAGCCUUUGUUUAAAACCACUGACAUCAUGGGAAAGUUAAUGUAACGGCACUCUUUUGUCCUGAUGCCACAUUUAAACUUUUAGGCUCUAAAUCAAGAAGGCGUUGAGUCUGCUACAAUGUCAAAUGCGCAGGUUGAGUUAGCAGGACGCGGUUUCCCGGUCCUCUCUGUGGAUAUGACCGACGACUGCUUAACUCGAGUCCCAUCCGUGCUGAGGACGCAUGCUUUGGGCCAACGGAGAAACUCUUAUGGGCUGCAGAAAAUUACCAUGGACAUUGAUUCUCCUCUGUACAGCGGCGUGCUUUCCAAAGCCUUGUCCUGGUCAGCUGAGAAUAUCCCAACACUGCCCGAGUCAAGAGCUGAGGAAGAGAAAACGGAUGAUUUCCCUCUGUCGCCUGUUUCCAGUUCGGGCACCAGCUCCAACACGCCCCCCAGCAGCCAGGGGCCCGACGACGGCUCUCUCACUGGAAACUCGGAUCCCAAACCGAAAUCCAGGGCUCGGGACGUUGGCAGCUCGGAGUCUGAAAAUGAACUUCAGAACAAACAGCUCAAGAUCGCAUCCCGCAUCGCGUUUGAUGCUCAGUUGGAACAGGAAGAGAAAGAGGACAUGGAGACCAAAGCGGUGGCGACCUCACCUGAUGGAAGAUAUCUCAAAUUCAACAUAGAGAUUGGGAGGGGGUCUUUCAAGACGGUCUAUAAAGGACUGGACACGGAGACAACAGUGGAGGUCGCAUGGUGUGAGCUACAGACCCGCAAGCUGACCAAGGCAGAGCGGCAGCGUUUCAGUGAGGAGGUGGACAUGCUGAAGGGCCUGCAGCACCCCAACAUUGUCCGCUUCCACGACUCCUGGAAGUCAACGGUGAAGGGCCACAAGUGCAUCAUCCUGGUGACUGAACUCAUGACCUCAGGCACGCUCAAAACGUACCUGAAGAGAUUCAAGGAGAUGAAGCUGAAGCUGCUGCAGCGCUGGAGUCGUCAGAUCCUUAAAGGGCUUCACUUCCUGCACACCCGCACCCCUCCCAUCAUCCACCGGGACCUCAAGUGUGACAACAUAUUCAUCACCGGCCCCAUCGGCUCCGUCAAGAUAGGGGAUCUGGGGUUGGCCACUCUCAAAAGUGCCUCUUUUGCCAAAAGUGUCAUUGGAACCCCAGAGUUCAUGGCCCCGGAGAUGUACGAGGAGAAGUACGACGAGGCGGUGGACGUCUACGCCUUUGGAAUGUGCAUCCUGGAGAUGGCCACCUCUGAGUACCCGUACUCCGAGUGCCAAAAUGCUGCCCAGAUCUACCGCAAAGUCACCAGUGGAAUGAAACCCGACAGUUUCUACAAAGUCAAAGUCCCUGAGCUCAAGGAAAUCAUUGAGGGCUGUAUUCGUAUGAACAACGAUGAAAGGUACACUAUUCAGGACCUCCUAGAACACCCCUUCUUCCAGGAGAACAAUGGCGUCCAUGUGGAGCUGGCAGAGGAGGACGACAUGGUGAAGUCGGGCCUGAAACUGUGGCUGCGCAUGGAUGACACCAAGAAGCUCCAUGGGAAGUACAAAGACAACAACGCCAUCGAGUUCCUCUUUGAGCUCUACAAAGACGUGCCCGAGGAGGUGUCUCAGGAGAUGGUUGUACUAGGUUUUGUGUGUGAGGCCGAUUUCAAGCUGGUGGCCAAGGCCAUACGGGACAGGGUAGCAACCAUCAAGCGUCAGAGGGAGAAGCUGAGACGUAAUGCGGAGGAGCGGAAGAAGAAGCAGGAGAAAGAAGCCUUAUUGGAAGAAGCAGAGAUUAACUCUGCGCUACCAAAAGUCGGCGAUGUCGUUGCAAGAGAGUCCCCCAUCCCGGCUCUGACAUCUCCGGCCCCCUUAUUGUCCCCCGUCACCAGCUCUGUGGACUCAGGAGUCAGCUCCAACUACCCGGCAGAGCCAGAGGAGCCGGAGGCAGACCAGCACUUCCACAUCCGCCACAACAGCCUGUCCUCUGCUAACUCUGACUGUGAGAUAGACGGCUAUCUGAGCUCCUCUGGGCUUCAGGAUUCGCUGGAGAUCGGCAGCUUCAAUGCGACCCCUCCAACCACACAGACUGACAACCCGUCUGCAAACGGUCUGCCCAUCCCAGCGCUCCGCUUCCCCUCGAGUAUUGCAGUAUCCAGCAGCAUAGAACACGGCAACUCAGGCUCCCCCAGCGGCUUUAACUCUCCUGUGGAAAGCUAUGCCUCCGAUGUGACCUCAGGCUUGAGUGACGGCUAUGAGGGCCUAUCAGAGAAGAAUGAGAAAACAGCCGCGAGGCGAACAGCUGGGAAACUUUUCAGGAGGAGGGCGCGCUCCAGGCUGCGCAUCACAGGGCUCUCUGAUAAAGUGGACCGGGUGGUGGAGUGUCAGCUGCAGACCCACAAUGACAAGAUGGUGACCUUCAAGUUCGACCUGGAUGGAGAUAACCCAGACGACAUCGCUGCUGUCAUGGUGCACAAUGAGUUCAUCCUGCCAUCAGAGAAGGAGGGCUUCAUCCACCGCAUGGGCGACAUCAUCAAGCGUGCCAAGGCUCUGAUGGCCAAAGAGCAGCCGGUCCACUCCGGAGACCACCCGGUUCCCCUGCCUGCUUUCCACAACGGGGUGAACUCAUUGUAUUCCUCACAGCCAAAUUUGCACAGUCACACCCUUCCUCGAACACACUCCUCCUCUUCUCUGCCUGACUUCAGUUUGGCUAACCCCAGCGUAGGGCUUCGUGGCUCUCCCCUUUGCCCCAAUGGAGACUUCUUCAGUGCAGACAUUACUUCACCUGGGCGACCUCUGUUACGCUCACAGUCUUUCCACAACGCCGCAGGGUCUCCCAUCCAGUAUCAGCAGAACCACCACAACCCUGCAUCUCUCCUGCCACACCACCAGCACUACCACUUACCCUUCAUGGGCCACAGUCAUUUCCCAUUCCAGUACCCGGGCUCUCCAGGUUCCCCCAAGCCAGGCUAUCAUCCUCCCCUCACACGUGUUGCCAGUAACCCCACCUUCUCCACCGUAACCCCCCCAGCCCCCGGAUCCCCGAGUCCUCUGAGCGAGACCCCAAGCCCCGGAAGCAAUGAAAGUGUCAACAUGUCCCCCUCCGGCCCUCAGCACCCAGACAUGUGGCCCGCCCACACACAGCCCCUGUUUUCUUUAGCUAAUGUCAUCUCCAUGGCCAUGAGCAUGGCCCAUUCUUUCAUCCCUCCUGGAAACAUGCCCAACCAGGGGAUGCCCUCCUAUCCUGGCUACCCCCAUCAGCUACCUUCUCACAUGGCCCCACAGUCAGGCUACCCCUCUAUGUACCCCCAACAUUACCAGACGUCACCAGUAGAGGGGUCUUACUCCACAGUGGCCUUCCAACAACAGAACAAUGUCUACCACAGCCCCGAGAACACGCUGCUGAUGGAUGGUUAUCCUCAGAGCUCUCAUCCAGGCUGGCAGCAUCCUGUUUCUCCACCUUCCUUGCCUUCCACUCCUCCACCGGUUCCUCAGGAGUACUCGCAGCAGGUCAGACCCUCCAGUCCCCCCAGAAUGACCCAGGAGGAAAGUCUUCAGAGUUAUAUGACUUCCUAUUCAGAACUGUCUCCAGUAAAGGCUGAACCACAAUCAGAAGUCUCCAGUUCAAGCUCAGAUCUGUCCCCAUCCCCCCCAGAGAGCCCAGAAAGCACUUUAUCAUCCUUCAGCCCUUCUUUGCAUGCAACCAUACCUGAGAUGAGAACCAGUAGCCCGAAAUCAAGCGCCUCUUCCUCUGAAUCUGAAGCCCAGUGUGCAUCGGUCACAGUAGGGCGAUUCCAGGUUUCUCCCAGCAUGCACAUCCCUGCUCCCACUGCGCCCAUAGGUGCCCCACCUGUUGCCCAACAGCCGGCAGACAGCGUUAGCACCCCGUCAGAGAGCAGCACGGAGGAGCAGGGCGAGUCCGAAACCAGCCUUGGCACCUCCCUCACCAUGUCCCCACCUCACCAACACCCCAACAGAGGGUCCACCCCGGGGUGCCAGCAGGAGGUCGACGGGCCGGUGGAAUGGGCUGGCAGCGAGGAAAAGCAGGAAAAAGAAGAGGAAGAGGAUGAGGAGGUUGAAGAGGAGGAGGAAGAGGUGGUGGUAGGGGAGCGACAGAGGACGAAGAAGAGGUGUCGGAGGAGAGCGUACAGCCUGAGCCUGCUUGGGACGUCUGCGGACAGCGGGCUCUCGGUGACAGCCGCUGAGGUGGAGAGCCGGCUGUGGGACGGAGCCGCAGGAAGCCCGCAGUACAGUAACGUCCUUCACCAUUUGUGGACCAUGACUUACAACCGCAACAAACCCUACAUCAGCAGCGACGACUCGGACAGCGACGACUUGGACAUUCUGGAAGAGCUGCAGGAACUCAGAGACAAACACCUGACGGAGGUGCAGGCCCUGCAGGCAGCCCAGAAGAGGGAGAUAGAGGAGCUGUAUGAGAGGAUGGGGAAGGUGCCCCCCCCAGGCAUCGUCUCUCCUGCCACCAUGAUGUCCAGCCGACAGCGCCGCCUGUCCAAGGGGAGCGGCUACCCCGGCUCCCGCAGAAACAGCCUGCAGCGCCUGGACAUUUUGCCCCCCCAAGGAAUCAUUAGGAGGAACUCCCUUGGAGGCAGCAGCAGCGGCUCCCAGGACAAACCCAGCAAAGGCGUCACCUUUGCCACUGACAUUAGUAGAAUGUAAUAAACUCAGCCGAGCACGCUGUGUUUGUGGACUACCUCAUCUGAAGUGUGACUGCAGCGGUCAAACCCAUUCUGCAGGUGGAUCGCUUCAACACUUUUCACUGGCACACUCGUCAGCAAACUGCUUCACUCUGCCAGUGGUCAUUUACCUCAUAUAUAUAUAAAAAAAAUUCAAACUUUAAAUCAGUAAAGCUGGAUUUAGCCAGGAACUGUAACAUCCAGCUUUCAGCCCUCCGUUAGCUCUGGUGAAUUUGUUGCAAGUGAAGAACAGAAUCACUUCAUGUUAAAAAUCAUUAUUGCUUUCUUGUAAAUACACGGUUCAGAGAGAAACUGAAACCACAGUGCUCUGCAAAGCAGGUUGUUUCUUGCUGAGCAAGCAUUUAGCAUUAACGGAACAAAGUGCAACAAACAUAUUUUCCUGCUGGUGUGAUUCACUGCCGUUUAUCAAUCUGAGCAAAGUAAUGAGAACCAAAUAUGUAUUUUUAAAAACAUUUUUCCUGUAGUACAUCUUUGAUUCCUUUAGUGAUAGGAUGGCUUAUGUUUUCAAUAAUCAGCGUGGAUAAGUUUGACUGCAUUCCUGGUAUUUUAUAAAUGUACUGAAAUUAUUUUUCACACUGUUCAGCAACACACUAAUGCUCUAUCAAUGCAUACGCUUGAAGAUGCUAAUGCUUCAGAAAGAAAAAGUCGUACAACAGUUAAAAAUGUUGGAAAAGCUUUGGGAAACUGUAAAAGGCUCUAGCAAACACAUCACUAUACUUUUUAAUUAAAAAUCCUUUCUUUGCAUUGAUGAAAAAUCCACCUUAGAUUUUAGACUACUGGCUUUCCUAUUGAUUGUACAUGUGUAAAUAGUAGAUACAUUUAUAGAUCAUGUUUACAAUUUACGAGUAAACUGAACAUGGCAACUUUAAUUCCUGCUCAAGCAAAAAGCAUUGCUUGUUCCAUAGAUCAAGCACCUUGUGCACUUUAGUGACUUUUGUUCAAUCAUUUUAACGCAUCUGUGGAUAAAACUGUCGAGGACGAUCUGAUAUUUUUCAUGUUACUAUUCCACCAGGGAGGUAGAGAAUAUUUCCAUUUUUUGUUUGAUCACAGCAUCGACGAUCUACUCUCCUGCAGUUCUGAAUAAUUAGUGCAUUGUGGGAAAUGGAGACAUCAGUCCAAGCUGUGAAUGUGAAGCUGUUGCCUUAUUAAAUAUUCACACUGAACUUUUUGGCAGUGAAACUCCUGUAAGAAUUUCCAAAGUUCAUAAUAUAUUUGAAGAAGUUUCAAAUUUUUGAACGUAAAUAUAUAUUUGUGUUGCUUUCUGAAGCUGCUGCUGUCCUGCCAUGCUGAAUCUGUGCCUUUCCCUGACUAUGUCUUAUUUUAUAUUUUUACUCUCGAGAUUUGGUGGCUAGAUCAGACCCCAUGUAUCAAUUUUUGACAAGAAUAAAUGCAAAUGUAAAUA